AUGGCUCUCAAGCAAUUCUUGUCCAUGUCCUUCGCCGCGGCUAUCCUAGCGGCACUCUUCUCCGCAAAGUCUCGGUCCCAGGAGGAGCUCCAGAUUCCACUCGGCAACUCUUGCCCGCGCCCGCGCUAUACAGUACGGACGUUGUCAUAUGAUCCACUCAUUCAGCACAUUGAGAACUUUAUCACCCCAGAUGAGUCCCAAUACCUGCUGCAGAUUGCGCAGCCUAGGUUCCAGCGGUCUCGCGCCAUCGGCACUGACGGGCGAUCCAUUGCUGCGCAGGAACGAACCAGUUCCACAGCGUACCUGUCUUCGGAUGAUUUUGUCGUCCAAUGCAUCAGAUCCCGCGCUUCGGAGUUUCAGGGCUACGUAGACCUUGACAUGAUGGAGGAUCUGCAAGUGACGCGGUACUUGGAGGGGCAGCAGUACACGAAUCACUAUGACUGGGCAGCGAACCCCGCGGCGAGAAACCAGACGACAAACAGGGAAACAACCUUCUUCGCCGUUCUCGAUGUGGAGUGUUCCAGCUGCGGGACACGGUUCCCCAAGAUCUCCGUGGACUGGGGUGUCGAGGAUGAGCGGUGGUGCAACCUGGUCGACUGUGCGGCCCAGACAGAGCUGACAGUGCGAGCGGUCGCCGGUAGUGCCGUCUUCUGGCGGAAUCUCCAUUCCGAUGGGACCGGAGAUUCUCGAACGCUACAUGCCGGCCUUCCGGCGGUAGGCGGCAAAAAGAUCGGGUUGAAUAUCUGGACACGCCGGGAGGUUUAG